AUGGGCAAGAAGCGCGUUCUCAUUUCCUACGGUGUCGAUGUAGAUGCGGUAUGUGGAUGGCUUGGAUCGUAUGGUGGAGAAGACAGCACCAGCGACAUUUCACGCGGUCUGUUCGCUGGCACGGUUGGUACGCAGCGCCUGUUGAAGCUGUUCAAGAAGUACGACAUGAAGACCACUUGGUUUAUUCCAGGUCAUAGUUUGGAGACAUUUCCGGAAGAUAUGGCCGCAGUACGCGACGCCGGGCAUGAGAUAGGUCUGCACGGUUACAGUCACGAAAAUCCGGUCGACAUGAGCAUGGAACAACAACGAGACGUGCUUGACAAGACAUAUCGCAUGUUGACUGAGUUCGCCGGCAAACCUCCAAGGGGUAGUGUUGCACCCUGGUGGGAAACGAGUCGCGAAGGUGCAGAACUGCUCCUUUCUUAUGGCAUCGAAUACGACCACAGUAUGAGCCAUCAUGACUGCCAACCUUACUAUUUGAGGACUGGAGACUCCUGGACCAAGAUCGAUUACGAGAAGAAAGCCAAAGAAUGGAUGAAGCCGCUCGUUGCAGGCCAACAGACUGGUCUAGUUGAGAUCCCAGCAAACUGGUAUCUUGAUGAUCUACCGCCUCACAUGUUUAUCAAAUCCUCACCAAACAGCCAUGGUUUUGUCAAUGCGCGAGAUACCGAGGAUCUAUGGAGAGAUCAUUUCGACUACUUCUACCGCGAAUAUGAUGAGUUCAUCUUCCCAAUCACAAUUCACCCGGAUGUAUCUGGACGACCACAUCUACUCUUAAUGCACGAGAGAUUGAUCGAGCAUUUCAAGAAGCAUGAAGGUGUUGAGUUUGUGACUAUGGAACAAAUGGCGGAUGAGUUCAAGAAGAAGAAUCCACCGCCCGAGGGAGCGCUGAUGCCAUCCGAAGCAGGGCUCAAGUUGAAAGAGUAG